AAAACUCCAGGAAGUAAAGAUCUCCUGACAUGUCAAAAUCUCUAACUGUCUCUAGUCAUAAUAACAAUAACCUGUCUAUUGUGUAUAUAACCGCUUCUUAGCGUUUUGGUAGCGUGUAAGUUCCCUAAAAUAUUUGGGCGGGUUUCGCGCGCAUGUUUCAUUGAUAAACUCCGUUUUCAAACUUGCUGCUCCAUGGCUAGUUCCUGUCCGAGUGUAGCCGAGCUCGUGGCGGCUGCUCGCCGUCUGUACGUGCAGGUGUUCGGGGAAGAGGCUCCGCGGGUGGCGGUGUGUGCUCCCGGAAGAGUCAACCUGAUAGGGGAGCACACCGACUACAACCAGGGAUACGUUCUUCCAAUGGCGCUGCCCCUGGUGACUGUGGUGGUAGGGAGUCAAACCUCUGGCCAGGAUGUUACCGUGGUAACAGCAACAGAGGAUGCUGAUGAGCCUCGGAGGGUGGACUUCAGCCUGCCCAGUUAUGGAUCAGCGCUGUCUCCAGGGUUACCCAGCUGGGCAAACUAUGUGAAGGGUGUGAUACAGCAUUACAGGGCUCCUCCUGUACCAGGUUUCAGGGCGGUGAUAGCCAGCAGUGUCCCCCUGGGAGGAGGUCUGUCCAGCUCUGCCUCACUGGAGGUGGCUUUCUAUACAUUCCUGCAGCAACUCCAGCCAGAUGACGGAGACAAGGUGUCCAAAGCAGUGGCCUGUCAGAAGGCAGAACACACUCAUGCUGGUGUACCCUGUGGCAUUAUGGAUCAGUUUGUGUCUGUUCUCGGCAGGGAGGGCCACGCUUUGCUCAUUGACUGCAGGUCCCUGGAGGCCACCCCUGUCCCUCUGGCAGAUCCAGGCCUGGUCAUUCUCAUCACCAACUCCAACGUGAAACACUCUCUGACUGGCAGUGAGUACCCCAUGAGACGCAGACAGUGUGAGGAGGCUGCCUCCAUCCUGGGGAAAGACAGCCUCAGAGAUGCCACCAUGAAGGAUUUGGAGGAGGCAAGGGACCGACUGGAUGAUGUAACCUGUCGAAGAGCUCGUCAUGUGAUUGAGGAGAUAGAAAGAACUGUCCGAGCUGCGGAGGCCCUGAAGAGAGGAGCCUACAAAGAGUUUGGCAAGCUAAUGGUGGAGAGCCACAACUCCCUCAGAGACUUGUAUGAGGUGAGCUGCAGGGAGCUGGAUGAGCUGGUGUGUGCAGCCAUGGAGGUGGAGGGGGUGUUUGGCAGCCGGAUGACCGGUGGAGGAUUCGGUGGAUGCACUGUGACUUUGCUACAGGCCCAUGCUAUUGACAGGACUAUACUCCAUAUACAGGAGCGAUACAGUGGAACUCCGACGUUCUAUGUCACAACUCCUUCAGAGGGCGCUCGGGCUCUCAGUCUGCCCUGACCUCUGGCAACACAUCUCUGCUGUAUCACUGAUUAAUUCCUCUUUACAGGCAUUUCUCUCUGAUGUUUCUUCUUCAUUUUCCCUAUUCAAGUUAAAAUGAUCUGCUGAUAUGCAUACUGGAGCUGAUUGAAAAGCAUUCUGUCAAUGUGGGAAAAGUGCCUUCACAGUAAAACAUUGACGUCUGGUAACAUUUGUAUUGUCAGAUUAUUUUGUUUGUUUCAUUAAUGCAAUACUUUAUCAUCUUCUAGAAAACAUGUAGCAACUGUUUGUAUAAUUCUGACUGAACGUGUACUGUGAAAAUACAGGCUUCUUUUGGGAAUAAAUCAAGUAAAGAAAAUGUGAGACUUUUUAAAUGGAAUUAUUCUUAAAU